UCUAAUACCCAGAGUUCUGUGCGCGACAGCUGAGCAGCAGUGCGUACCAAGCAGACGGGAUUAAAUCAAAUGGGUUAAAAUGACUCUUCCUAUUUAUUUAAAUCCAUCUGUCACGAUUAAACGAUCCUUCAGCGUUAUCAUGAGUUGAGUCCAUUGCUCCGUCGGAAGAUCUCGAGCAGGGGCAGAAUAUGCGCCCCUGCUCUACUGCCAUGCACCUGCUGUUGAGAUGCCUGCGCGGGUGUGGCAGGCACAGUCGCAGCCGCCUGCCCAGAAGACUGAGGCAACCUAUGAGCUACAUGAAACUUAUCAUCCAAUCACUUUUUUUUAAUUCACUCACUAACUCUGAAUUAGUGAUGGACUGCAUUCUGGAGCCAGUGUUUUGGAUUGUAGAGGUUGUCACACGCUGGUUUGGAAUGGUCUUUGUCAUUUUAGUGGUAGCUCUUACCAGCUCUUGCGUCUUCAUCGCAUAUUACUGCUUUCUACCACUGAUCCUACAAACAUACCCUCUUGGCUGGAUAAUUUGGCACGUUUGUUAUGGAAACUGGAUUAUUGUCAUGAUAUAUUUCCAUUACUACAAGGCCAUAAAGACCCCUCCAGGACGCCCUCCUAAGAUGAAAACUGACGUUCCAUUUGUGGCAGUCUGUAAAAAAUGUGUCAUUCCUAAACCAGCGAGAAGUCACCACUGCGGCAUCUGUAAAACCUGUGUUUUAAAAAUGGAUCAUCAUUGCCCUUGGCUCAACAACUGUGUUGGUCAUUUCAAUCACCGUUACUUCUUCUCAUUUUGUGUCUCUUUGACGUUGGGCUGCCUGUACUGCAGCAUCAGUGGUCGUAAUCUUUUCAUUGAUGCAUACAACAACAUAGAUCAAAUCAGGCACUUUGAAGCAGAGAAACAGGGCGUCCCGGUGACGGGUAUUGGGUUGCUUAUUGGUAUCGUACCAUCAGACACUCCAGCUGGGAAGGUGUAUUCACAACCUCCAUAUACCUAUAAAGACAGGAUGUUUCACAAGAGUGUUAUCUACAUGUGGGUCCUCACAAGCACAGUGGCAGUGGCUCUUGGAGGUCUCACGCUGUGGCAUGCUGUACUCAUCACCCGUGGAGAAACCAGCAUUGAACGGCAUAUAAAUAAUAAAGAGACCAAACGCUUGGCGAAACGUGGGAAGGUCUACCGGAAUCCAUUUAAUUAUGGCAAGUUAAACAACUGGAAGGUAUUUUUGGGUGUGGAGAAAAGAAGUCAUUGGCUGACACGUGUUUUACUACCUUCUGGACACACCCCUUAUGGUGAUGGACUGACAUGGGACAUCUACCCUCUUAAAAAAGACAUGAUACCAGUCUGAGACAUUACAGACCUGCGUGUCUCAGUUGGUGAUGGCUGACACUAUGUCCAGGGGGACCCACAGUGCCAUGGCUGAAUGCAGAACCAAAGCCCUGGAAACCAGGCUGACUGCAGAGUCCAGAUUUACACAGUGAUCUCAUAGAAAGACUUUUGCUAUUUUUUUGUCAAAUGAACUGACUGUCCUCCAAGAUAUGUUCAUUGAUUGUGAAUGUUUUUAUCAAUAUUUUGUAAUGAAAUCCUUAAUGACUAUUGUCUGCUCAAUGUGGAAAACACUGUGCUUAAAACAGGGUUUUAAGUGUUUGUAGCCUAUGGGGCUGUUUUGUGUGUUUGUAUAAAUAAGGGUUUAGCUCAUAUCUUUACUCAUGUGUUACAGUGUCAUUAUUUAAUAUAUAUUUGCACUAAAAUGCAAAAGUUUCUUUUUAAAGUCAUCUACAUCUCAAAAGAAUUCUGAAAACUUUAUUACAUGAAUAAUAAAGAUUUUUCACGAGUUUA